CUCCAUCUCUGCAGUCACUGUGUGUGAGUGUGCAAGAGAGAGGGAGAGAGUGAGUUUAUAUGUGUGUGAGUGUGCGGUUUACAUUAGCAAGUAGAGGGAGACAACAUUUGCUCCUUUUCUUUUUUCUCUCUCUCAUCCCCUUAAAUCUAUCACUGUCAACACAGCUACCCUCAUCCGGAAAAUAACCGAAAGACGAGGCAAAGGCAGAGGAGGAGAAGAAGAGCAGUCUGAUAAAGAAGGGGAGUGCCAUAGCAGCAGUCAGCACCAUACACAACGCAUGCGGCUGACUGAUGUCUAUCCUGCAUCCCAGCACUGGGAGCUAACCAACCAGCUUAAUAUCCUUAAAGAGCAGAGCAGAACAGACAGCAGACUACAUCAUCACAAAACCUGCCCUGAUCCAGAGGCCUGCAUUUCUGAGGAGGUUAUUAAGGGAGGUUGAGCAUUCCCAGGAUGACCCAGGCUCACAGGCCCCUUUUACAGAGCUGCUGUUAUCUGACCUCCUCCCAGACUGGGCCUCUGGUUCCUGGCCCUGCUCCCUGGCUGUGAAGGAUGGGUGAUGGGCCUGUGAUUGACACCCUCUGUCUACCUUGUCCCGCCAUCCGAUGGAGCCGUUGUGGAACUCCUCCCUCCCCUUCUCACAGACAAUGCCCAACACCUCAGCCUCUGAGUCACCUGAGAGCGGGGCUUUGUUCCAGUCACUAGCACUGCUCGCCAUGCUGCUCAUGGACCUGCUGGCCGUGGUGGGCAACGGGGCCGUAAUGGCUGUCAUCGCCAAGGCCCCACAGCUCCGUAAGUUUGCCUUUGUCUUCCACCUGUGCCUGGUGGACCUGCUGGCAGCCCUGGUGCUGAUGCCCCUGGGCAUGCUCUCAGGCAGGGCCUUCUUUGGCGAAGCCCUGUGCCGGAGCUACCUCUUCCUCAGUGUGUGCCUGGUCACCGCCGCCAUCCUCUCCAUCUCAGCCAUCAACGUGGAGCGCUACUACUACAUCAUCCACCCCAUGCGCUACGAGGUGAAGAUGACCCUGGGCCUGGUGGCCUCAGUCCUGGUGGGGAUAUGGGUCAAAGCCCUGGCCAUGUCAGCCCUGCCGCUGCUGGCCUGGGCCUUACAGGGCGGGAGGACUCCUUUUCUGGAGGGUGUUGGAGUUGGGGGAGGGGGUGAGGGUGUCCCCUCACCCCCAGCUCAGAGUCACAGGCGCUGCUCCUUGCACUGGACGGGGGGUGGGUCGAACCGCAUGGCCUUCAUGGUCCUGUUCACGUUGGUGUACUUUCUGUGCCCGCUGCUGGUCAUCCUGGUGGUGUACUGCAGUAUGUUCAAGGUGGCGCGGGUUGCGGCAAUGCAUCAUGGGCCUCUGCCCACCUGGAUGGACACGCCCCGCCGCCGGCGCUCCGAGUCGCUCAGCAGCCGCUCCACCAUGGUGACCAGCUCAGGAACAGGCACGGGGACAGGGGUGGGGCGCGACACCCCUCACCGCACAUUCGGAGGGGGCAAGGCGGCAGCAGUUUUAGCAGCAGUGGGAGGACAGUUCCUGUGCUGCUGGUUGCCCUACUUCUCCUUCCAUCUGUACUCAGCUCUGGCCUCUAGCCCUCCAGCCACGCUGGCCCCCCUGGAGGAGGUCGUCACGUGGAUCGGCUACUUCUGCUUCACCUCCAACCCUUUCUUCUAUGGUUGUCUGAACCGGCAGAUCCGCGAGGAGCUUGGCAAGCAUGUGCCUUGCCUGUUCCGCCGUGCGACAGAAGAGGAGGACCGACUGCCCAGCCGUGAGGGAUCCAUAGAGGAGAAUUUCCUGCAGUUCCUCCAGGGCACUGGCUGCAACCUAGAUCCCCAGGACUCCCACAGCACCUCCAGCCCCAAGGGAGAGGCCUGCCGGCCCCUGGCCCAGCCCCCUCAACCCAUUCCCAUCGACUUCCGCAUCCCAGGACAGAUUGCAGAGGAGACCUCAGAAUUCCUUGAGCAUCACCAGAUUAAAAACAACCAUAUCCUAUCAGACAGUUAGGUUUUGUAUUUAUUUGAUGUAAAAACCAACACAAAAAGUUACUUGGAUAACAAUUACCACAGUAACAUAACCACACUCUGGUUUACGUCACAGAGUAUUACUAUACAAUGUUUUGAUAUUUUCUUUUUGAUUAUAUUAUUCUUAAAACUCAAAAGUUGUGCAAUGGGAAAUUGACUGAGAUUUUUGUGGAGUCUGUAUUGUCCUGGAUCACAUUUUGCAGCUUCACUUUCCAUUCUGUAAAUGCUGUAAUGUUAUGGAAUUGAUCUUCUUUGAGUAAUGUUUCCAUUGGAAUCAUUUGCUGGGAAAGGGUCGUGGCAUUUUUGGGAGAAAGACAAAAUGGCACAACUGUAGCUGCAGGGAACAGGCUAAUAUUGCCAGUGAUGCCGAUAUUGGUGUUGUUUGUUAGAAUGAGUUUUAAAGAUGUAAUUCUUUACAUACAUUUUUUCCCCCACAACGCAUUGAUAGGGCCAGUAUGUUAUUAAUACAGAUAUCUCAGUAACACUUUAUUUGGAUAGUCCAUUUGUAGCUCUACAGACUAUAUACAGACUAUCAGUAACAUUUAAAGUAGCUAUCUACUAACCCUAACUCCUAUCCUAACCCUUAGCCUAACCUUAAACCUUAUUCUACACCUAACCCUAACCGUAUCCUUAGCAAGCAGUUGCUUAUCAACAGAUAGUUUGUUGAUAGUAUGACCAGACUAUCCAAAUAAAGUGUGACCAUUAUCUCUUCUGAGAAUUUCCUUUUGGAUUUCAAACCAAACAAGCCCUUGAGCAAAGAGGAUAUAGAUUACUUUCCUUCUAUUAGCAUACCUUAAACCAUAUCAGGAUCUAUGACUUUCAGAAGGCAUCCACAAAUAAUGUAUCUAAUAUUUAAUACUGGCAGAUCAAUUUCUUUUUGAGGAACUGAUUUAUGACAGCUUAUUUAUGUAAGCUGCAGAACAAAGACACCAAUGUUGGAGUGCAGGAAGUCAUGUUUGAAAAUAUGAAGUUUUCCUAAUCCCUUUACCUCUGUAAAAUAUCAUGACACAGAUGUAUAGUAGACAGUGAGUGAGUGGUCACCAUGUCUCUACGAUAAAGAUAAGUUGUGCCUUUUAGAGAUGAUGACAGAGCUACUGUACCGUAAUUGUGCCCUGGUUCUGAAGAGGAUGGUAGGGUAGGGUAUGAAGUAAGAAGUACCAUGGAUCAGCCACCUGUUGUUGAUAGGUAAACCUCUGGGCAGAUACCCCCUCUAUCUGGUGCUUUUCCUUAACACAUCAUCUGUGUUUUCCCAUAAGCAGACCAGGUUUGUUGUGACCACAGUGAGGAUGUAGGCAAUCUUUUCUUAACUCCUCCUAAACUACUUCUGGUCUGUCAGAAAAGUACAUUUAUGUAUCAUCUAUCUACCAUUUAGAUAGUACAGUACCCCUCAAAUUGACAAGGGAAGGUGUUCUGUACAUUGGCAGACAUUCAGUUAAGGCAGGAGUAUUUUUGUUAACUGAUGCACUACAUUACAUUUCUAUACAAUUAAGAUUUUGACAGAUGUCGUUCUACAAAUGUAGCUGUGUUUUAUGUUUGAUAAAAAAAACUAAUAGUGAGUUCAACUUAAGCAUUUAAUUAUUGAAAAUUAUUUAUAAUUAUUAGGUAUUAUUGAUUACUGUAUCUUUUGUGAUUAAUUAACAAAAGACAAUGGUGUAUUCAAAUGGUAUACAGUAACUGUCUUUUCAGUGUGUGUUGAUUAGCUGUGGAGCAACAGUUUGGAGAAUAUAAUAAACCUAAUUAUAUUUAACAGUCCUGCUCCUCAGGGUUCUCUACCUCAGAUACAAGAUUGAUUUCAUUUGAAGGUCAGCACGCAAUGUACCGAUAGAAAAGAUAUUGUGUAAGUCAUGCCACAUAUUUUUUACUCUAUGCUCCCUGGGUUGCUUUCCUUCUGCAGCUGGACAAGGCUUUGUCUGAGAGGCUUGAUAUGACGCCUGCUUUACGUCUGCUCUCUCUGGUGUCACAUUGUGAGGGAAUUUAGAGUCGUUUGAGUUGUCCAGAACAGUACUGGACACUUUGAGGUAUCAUCAGCCCUGUGAAACCAUAGACGGUUAACGCAAGAGUACAAAAUUAAACAUUUUCUUUCUGGC